AAAUCUGCUUCUGCUGAGCCGGCACUAACUUUGCACUCAAAAUCGCGUUCUUGUGCCAGACACAAAGCAGUUCAUCUGGCCGUAACGACUCUCUACCAAAUGUCCACAACUCAGUACACGACGUCAACCUGUCUGCUCACAACAUGUCGUGCCUACACCAGUCAUCACGGGGGAACAAUCGGACGCCGAAACGUCGAAGGGCAUGGUCAUGUCGAAAGCACCAAGGGAACACUAGCUCUGUUUCAUGGCCUGAUUAACGCCUUUGCCAGCACU